AAAAGUGACACAAGUGGCUCCCUACAGAAGAUAUUAGUCACUGUGCUAGAGGCAACCAGAGAUGAGACGCUAGAGGUCAAUGCAGAGCUCGCUGAGCAAGAUGCCACGGAUCUGUAUAAAGCAGGAGAAGGCCGCUGGGGAACAGAGGAGCUGGCUUUCAAUGUGGUCUUAGCAAAGCGCAGCUAUAGUCAGCUGAGAGCUACUUUUCAAGCCUAUGAAAAGGUGUGUGGGAAGGACAUAGAAGAAUCCAUUAAAAGUGAAACAUCUGGAGAUCUGGAGAAGGCUUACCUCACUCUUGUCAGCUGUGCCAAAGACUGCCCAGGUUACUUUGCUACACUUCUGCACAAGUCGAUGAAAGGAGGUGGGACUGAUGAAGAGACCUUGAUUCGCAUCCUUGUGACCAGAGCUGAGAGUGACCUGCCAGCAAUAAAGGAGAAGUUCCAGCAAACGUACAAGAAGUCGUUAGCUGAAGCUGUCCGAUCCGAUACCUCUGGGGACUUCAGAAAGUUGCUGCUGGCUCUUUUGCACUAAAAAGCCAUCAAGAAUGAAGAGGCAUGCUGAGCAGCCACCUCUUGAUUAGUUUCCAAAAUAGCAUCCAAAAAAUAUGGCAUUAGCACAAAGAAAAAAAUCCAAUUUAUUUUCUUUCCAGCUAGGAAAUGUGUUGCCAAGUAAUGCUGGACGUGAGGUUUAUGUUAUGGCUAUCUCGCCAAAUGUCCUUAAGCAAUAAAGACACGUUAAAAAAACUAA